AGGCAGUGGGCAACAACGCAACGACGAGGUGCACUGCAUCCCGCAUCCAAACAACGAGACGCGGAGCACAGCAAGAACAUAAAGCGAGGGCCUGACACCCCCCGACUCCUCUUCCCCUCCCAUCCCUUCACGCACAAUGCUCGUCCUUCCCCUCACCAUCCUGGGCCUCCUUUCGUUCGCCGCAGCGCUCGAGCCCCGCGACCCGACGCCCGUGGCCAGCGCGCCGCGCACCAAGCGCAGCCCUGUCGGCUGCCCCACCAGCCACUCGCAAGGCGAUACGCUCUGCGUCGGCACGGGGAUGAACACGCGCCGCAUCAAGUGGCCGACCGCCAACUCGUCGUGGGCGGUCGGUGGGUACCCCGUGCUCGAGUGGGAGGUCGUGCCGGCGUACAACGCGUCCAACAAGACGACGAUCACCCUGUGGAACCGGGACGCGAGCAUCCUCCCUAAGGCGAUCCAGCCGUUCGCCGGAUCGACAGUCAGCCUCAACAACGGCAGCGUGUUCAGCGCCAACAGGCUGAGCGCGGACCAGGUGCCCCCUGGCACGGGAUACUGGCUCCAGAUUGACACGGACGAGAUCCCCGGCCCCCAGACGGACACGAGCUUCUUCGCGACGUCGGAGGAGUUUGAGAUCAAGCCGGACGGAACGCAUGUCGAUUACCCAGCCGACUAUGCCGAUCUGGCCCAGAGUACUGGGACGGUGACGAGCUCGGGGGUGCCCCAAAGCUCGGGUGCGCCGGAGAGCUCUGGGCCUGCGCAAAGCUCUGGCGCCGCGCACAGUACUCCUGUCGGCUCCUCUGGUGGUGCCCAGACCUCGCCUUCGCCCACUGCCAAGCCUUCCGCGGCCGCCGAACGCGCUGUCGUGGGUGUGCCGCUUGCCGCUGUGAUCCUCGUCGCGGUGGUCAGUGUGCUGUAGCCAUAUGCUCCGUCGUGAUGUACAACUUAGGAG